AUGGCAAUACUUCAACUUCACUUUGUUGCCUCAUACAUGUCCGAUGAGCUGGUGGCUGGUUUCACGACUGGUGCUGCGUUCCAUGUUGCAGCUUCACAGUUACCGAAACUAUUCGGCUUGAAAAUUCCAUCGCAUCAGGGAUUAUUCAAACUGUUCUAUGUUCUCCGCGAUGUGAUAUUAUCAUUACCAAAAAUGAAUAUUGCCGAUUUGGUGACUUCAGUUAUAUGCAUUGCAUUCUUACAUAUUGGUAAAUGGUACAUAAAUCCAAUCGUGAGACGACGCAUCUCCAUACCCGUUCCCUUCGAACUGAUCGCUGUAUGUUCAUGUCGCACUCGUUAUUUUGAAACUAUUCCCGAAGAAUUCUCAAAACAAGAUUUCACAUUACACUCAGUGAAACUUACAAUAUUUUGA